UCUUACUUUUGGGUAUUUCGGAGAUAAUUUUUAUAUUUUUGCAUAUAUUUAUAAUGUCUUGUAUUUUCAAACUUAUUUUUCACUGGAACAAAGCCCUAUAUGAAGAAAUUCUAUUCUUUAGUUCUUUAUGUACAAUUGCUCCCUGCUCGUUUGUACCACUAGUUGUAGGACACCCUGUAUAAGUAUACUUAAAAUUUGUAAGCGCAUUUAAUCAAAUGAGAAACACUGGGCUAGUGACGUACGUGACGAUGCGUUUUGGACUGAUGGACAAUAGAAAGAUCGGAACGUUUACUCAUCACUGAACUCUUAAGCAUAAAGUUAGGUUUUUUGUAUCUUUUCUGAAUCAUUUCUGUUGUUGUUGUGAAAAUUCAUGUGACAUAUGAAUUUUCAUGUUCAUAUUAAAAUUAUUCGUUAAUGAUAUUAUCAAUGAACGGGAUCGCAACUUUUUAUAUAUGUAUAUAUAUAUAUAUCUAUCUAUAGUAUUACAUAUGUAAUUGAAUUUGUAGAAAAUAUAAACAAGCGGGGUGAACAUUUUGAAUAAAUGCGUUAGACGACGCCAUAUCCUAUUGUCGACUGAUAUACGCAGUAACGUAUUUAAGUUGCACUGGCUGAGUAAAUAGAUGCUAUUGAUAUUUUUAUUUUCUAUUAUUUAACAUUUCUAUUUAUAUUUAUUUAAUACUUGUAGUGAAUUUAAAAAAAAAAGAUAUAUUCAAUUACUUAUUCCAAUAAAUUGUGAUAUACUUAAUUGAUACGUUUGUGGUGCUGAAAACUUUCAUUAAACAUUAUGAAUACAACAUGGGGAAGAAAUGAAACCAGUGAUAUAAGUCCUGCGAUUAUGAAAAGUCUGGACAGUUUAUCUCUCUGUAAUACUAAUAAUUAUCUAGUUACUGUUAAUUCAAAUACUGAAAUGGAAGGAUUAUCAGUUAAGAAUAAACCCAAUAAUAUAGAAAGCUUUUUAUUAAUAGAUAAAUAUGAAAAAUUAAAAGUUUCUAGUGCUGAACAAUUUAUUAGAAAAUUAAAUUGCAUCGGUAAAGAUAGAAAAGUUAAAGUUGUAUCCAUUUUUGGAAAUACGGGUGAUGGGAAAAGUCACACGUUAAAUCAGACUUUCUUCAAAGGACGUGAAGUUUUUAAAACUUCAAAUGAUCAAACUUCUUGUACAUCCGGUAUUUGGGCAGCAUUUGAUCCAAAUCUCAAUGUAAUAUGUCUGGAUACUGAAGGUCUAUUAGCAGGUGUCACUGUUUGCGAGAGUGGAAAAAUUAGGCUUCUGCUUAAAGUUUUGGCCAUAUCUGACAUAGUUAUAUAUCGAACACGCUCGGAAAAAUUGAAUAAGGAUUUAUUUUUGUUUUUGUCAUCUGCUUCCCAAGCGUAUAGUCAUUAUUUUCGAACAGCCUUACAAGCAAUGGGAAAACGAACAGGAAUGUCAAGUUCAUUAGCCUCACUUGGACCUUGCGUAAUUGUUCUACAGGAGACCAGACACACCAAACCUCUGAGCAACAAUGGUUCUGAAACUGCAGAAGAUAUGUUGAGGACUCGAUUUGAUCAAAUGGGACUUGAGAUAGAAUUCUUUAGUAAACUGAAAUAUGUUGGACUUCAAACAUUAAACUCUUCUACCAAUUAUGAGCCUUUACGCAUCGUUAUAAAUAAUGAACUUGAAAAUACAUCAGUACGAUUUGCAAGACAUCCACAACUCGUAUAUAGUACUUUAAAACACUUAAAUGAUAAAUUUUCUGCUGAAAAUACGAAUUUAUCUAAUAUUAUAUUCCCAGAUCAAUAUUUUAGUUGUCCAGUAAAAUGUCUCAGUUGUGGUUGUAAAUGUAGUAAUAGUAUGGGUCAUCUUAGAGAUGGAAAGCCUCACAGUAAUACCAAUACUAGGUGCCGGUUUCAAAAUCAGUAUGAAAAUUUAAUAUACAUAUGUAAGAGAUGUUAUACCAACGGAAAAGAAGUUAAAGUAACAACGCGGUUACAAACUCACAAUGAUAAAAGUUGGUAUGGCUUAGCUGUAUACGCAUGGUACGGAUCCAUAAUAGAAUGUCCUCACUGUGGCGAAAUUUAUAGAAGUCGACAGUAUUGGUAUGGAAAUAAGGGUCCAGAAGAAGUUGCUGUCUGUACUGAAAUUACUCAUGUCUGGUAUAUGCCAUCAGCUUCUAAUAUACCUCAAAAUACAGCUCAACGUAUGGUUGAUGGCGUAUCUUAUAUAACAGAAGCAGUUACCAAUGUUUCUUUACAGCCUACUAAAGCAAUAUCUGCUUGGGUAACAGAUCAAAUAGCACCUUCGUAUUGGCGUCCUAAUAAUGAAAUUAAAUGGUGCUUUCAAUGUAAGACAACAUUUGGCGUAACAGAUACAAAGCAUCAUUGUCGUGCUUGCGGAGAAGGUUUCUGUGCACAGUGUUCCUCUCAAACAAAAUGUGUACCCUCCAGAAACUGGUAUACACCUGUACGUGUCUGUGAUACAUGUUAUAUGAAAGAUACCAAUAAUUAUGAAGCUGCUCAAACUGUAGAUGAUGUAAAUGCUAGAAAAGUGACAGAACAAGUAGUAUCUACCUUAAGUGCAGUCGGAACAGUUCUAAAUUAUUCCAAAACUUUUAUAAAAGACACUGUUAGACCGUCCUAUUGGGUACCUGACUCAGAAAUUACUGGAUGUUGUAUCUGUAACCAGAAAUUUUCUCUUACACUUUCUUUACAUCACUGUAGAGAUUGUGGACGUGGUGUAUGUGAAGAAUGUUCGCCACAUCGUAAACCAGUAACUCACAGAGGAUGGGAUAAACCUGUGCGUGUAUGCAAUGCCUGUAUUAAAAUUGAUUAAGUUUACUCAUCUUUUCAUAGACAUAAAGUACAAAAAAACUAGUUUAGAAAAUGUAUCCAGUAAAACUGGAUAAAUUAAUUACCUGUUUUCUUUUUUAAUUAAUUCGAAUGCUUUUAUAUAAUUUUUAGAACUAAGUAGCAAUUGUACGUAUUAUUUCGUAUAAUUUUGAAAUUUUGCAUUCUUAUAUGAAUUACAUUCUAUUUACUACCUCUCUUGUGCUCUAUAUAUGAUUAUUUAGCGCAACGUUUAAUAUAUUUUAUCAAAUUUUUAUUAAGAUAUUCCCUCUAUUUAUACAACAAAGAUAUUAUAUUUGUAAUAAGUAUUCACAAAUGUACAGACAGAUUUUAUCAAGCAGC